AUGUCACAUCAGCCACUCAACGACGCCGCCGAAAAACUAAUCGCCGAUUCACCGCCUAGUGACAAGAUCGAUACUAGUAGCUCUAAUGCCGUUGUCACGGAGGAAAGGCCGCGAUAUCAAGGCCUAAAGCUACUACGGAUCCAUGAGAUGUUGAACUUGAAAUUACCGUCAUACGAAUACCUUGGACGUCCCCCACGACCACAUGAAAGCAGCACCCGAAAUAAGCGCUUCUACAAUAUAACAUUUGAUUUCGACCUUGAAACCCUUUUUUACGAUGACCCUGGCGUUGAAAAUCGCCUCCUACAGGCAAUAGAUUUCCUCGAUCCAACGUUUAGGACCCCCCAGUUCGAAGUCAACCCUGAGGUGAGGGUUGAAAGGGAUAUCAGCAAGCGUAAUUCUUCUAUGUUUACACCUUUCCUUGUGCAAAUGGCGAAUAGUUUAUGCCCUGAGAACUACGUCGUCGCCCAUUUUCUUGAGGCUACCGAAGAAGAUGUAGAAGUAUUGCCAGGAGACGAGUCAGGGUCCGCAUUCCGAGGCAGAAUUGAUCACAUUAUCGGUAUUAAGAAGAUAUCGUCCGCAAUGACAGCUGCCGAGCUUGCGAACUGUGAUUUCGGUACUGUCUUCAAGAAGCCAAGUGCUCAAGAAUGGAUGGAGCUGCAAGAUUGCAAGAAAGAUAAAGAUGGUGUCGUCCAGUCCCUCAUGGGUAUUGAAGACAAGCGCUCCAUCAAUCUUCCUGCAUGGAAAGACGCGCAGGACAUGGAAGCUCCGUUAGGGACCGCGCCAUCUCGUGAAGUCAAAUUAGAUGCCGCACAGUUGUUGAAAUAUGCGCAGCUGUUUAAGCAACGGCGCCUGUCGAUUAACAAUGGUGAUAGCUUUAUCCUGUUCGAAAUUCUCAAGGAAGACAUGGAGAAAAUCAGCUCCAUAUACGCAGCCACUGUAAAGGCAGACGCUAUCGAGUGCAAACUCAAUGGGGUUCUGAAAUUGUUCCUGAGAAUGUUAUUUGAGGCGCUGGAGGAGAAAUUUGGUCAGUUUAACAAAGAAGCUCAGGGUUGGGUGCGAGGUGGGAAAAUUCGAGGCGCUGUCGAGAUGGUCCAAGGCUUUCAUCAUCCAAAGGUGGUUGUAAAGAGAGAGUAA